GGAAAACAGUCAAAGAAAAAGACGUAGUAUAGGUUUUGUUGACCAGGCGUAAUGGCUUCUGGCAAGCGGUCGUAUAUAAAGCAGUGUGGAUAACGAUGUGGCGCAAGUACAGUAGCUCCUUUUUGUUAUUGUUGUAGUGGCGGUGGAAAUAGAAGAGUAGUGGGUGUCAUAGAUGGCUGGCUUCUGCGGAAGUGCGGGCGGAAGAUGUGCGUCGAUCCGUUUCACUGGUGCUAGGCAACCAGAGGAAUGGGAAGAUGCCAUAAUAGUUGUCUAUGAGGAGUGCUGGAGGCUAGAAUCCAAGGAAUCAGCAGUGGUUUGAGCGUUGCGCGGGUUAAGUAAAGACAAUGAAACGAAGACUACUAUGGGUACGCUAUGCGUGAUGGCCGUAUGUCAUUGCGAAAUCGGUGAAGUGCUACUCAUUGUUAUGUACAUAUAAGGCGAACGGCGAUUCUAUUCAAUGAUUCGAGUUGGCGGAACGAAAACAUGGCGGACCACAGUAAUAUCAAACCCAGCGUAUUCAAAAGUGCAGAAUACGAAAAAUAUGGAGCAGACGUACUCUCACGUCGACUCCAGGAACCAUUUGCUACUCGUUUAGGAGAAGCUGGACGCUAUUCCUACUGUGCCCUUGUCGCACUGGGGCUCCAGCGGCUUUUUCCGGCCGAUUUUGAUGAACCCUUUCGAUUAGCUACCCUUGAAAACUUCGGCUCGCAUCUUAACAUGCCCGAACAGAGUAUGCCCGUAAUGUACGCGUUGCUUAGUGGAGAAGCGGGCUGCAAGCUUGAACCGUAUGUAAAUAUCCUUCGAGAUGAGCCCGUCCUUCAAAAUGGAUUUAUGCGACUUCUCCAGGAUCUCGUUGUAUUUGCUGUACAUAGAGGACUGAUGACAGGUGUAUACGAUGCACGAAUGCGUGUAUUCGUUCUGUACACAGCGCAACAGUUACAGGUGUCUCCAGCACUGCUUGAAAUGUAUGAGAAUUCUGUUGUGCAAUUUCUAUCUCGAGAUGGUGUACAGCAUUCAGAUUCGGAACGGCGGGAAAUAGCUAAACGGGAACGGAAUAAAAAGAUUAGGCGAUACCUAAUGAUCGGUAUAGCAACUGUUGGAGGAGGAGCGGUUCUUGGGUUGACUGGUGGUCUUGCGGCACCACUUGUUGCUGCGGGAGCCGGCGCUGUUAUAGGUGGAGCUGGUGCAGCAGCUCUAGGCUCAACUGCCGGUAUCGCAUUGAUUUCAUCUGUAAUGGGUCUUGCUGGCGCAGGCCUUACGGGGUACAAAAUGAAGAAGAGAGUUGGUGAAAUCGAAGAAUUUGCGUUCGACGAACUGAGUACAGGCCAUGAGCUCCAUGUUACGAUCGGCGUGUCAGGUUGGCUUACUGAUGACAAGCCAGAAGCGAUUCUUCAUCCCUGGCGGACAAUGUCAAACUCCCGCGAGCAGUAUGUACUUCGAUAUGAAACCGGGUACCUGGUGGAGUUAGGUCGUGCAAUGGACUAUCUGUUUUCGUUUGCCGUGUCUAUGGCUGCCCAGGAGGCGCUUAAGUACACCGUCUUAUCAGGCUUAAUCGCUGCUGUCGCUUGGCCUGCAACGCUUAUUAUGGUGGCUGGAGCAAUUGAUAAUCCAUGGAGUGUUUGUCAGCGUCGUUCGGCUCAGGUCGGUCGUCAUUUGGCCGAAGUUUUGCUUCAGAGACAACACGGCCGUCGACCCGUCACGCUGAUUGGUUUUUCAUUAGGCGCGCGUGUCAUUUACUAUUGUCUUAAGGAGCUCUCAGCCCGAGAAAACUGCGAAGGCAUAAUCGAAAACGCUGUUCUUUUGGGAGCGCCAGUACCAGCCCAUCCUGAGGAUUGGGCCCCAUUCAGUCGAGUUGUUGCAGGAAAUAUCGUAAACGGAUAUUGCAGAGGCGACUGGUUGCUGAGAUUCGUCUACCGCACGUCCAGUGCGACGAGGAAAAUUGCGGGUCUUCAGCCAGUCGCAUGGAGAGACAGACGGAUACACAAUUUUGACCUCUCAAGCGUGGUAAAUGGCCACACAGACUACUACCACAAGAUGGACGAUAUCCUUCGAACAAUUGGCAUAGGGACACUUCGCUCAAAUCAUGGGGAUUUACUGAUGGCUAGUGGAAUGAAAAAAUCUAUCACCUUUGAGCCUGACGGGGAGAAAGGAAUUGAAGAAAAACGGCUUCUAAAGGAACAAGCAACCACAGUCGAGGCGGUAGAUAAUCUAAUGAGGCCAAGUAUGCUUCGGAAAACGCGAUCCGACUCCUGCUUGUUGGAAAGUGACCAUUCACGGCUCCAAGCCUGCGAUGGUCAUUCCGAAGUUUGCGGAAAGGGUCCUUUUGGGGCAUUCAGCAAUUUAGGCUGCCUGCGAAGCGUCGCUUCAGGUUGUUCAUUAAGCUCCGGAGGCCCGUCAGAGUUUUCUCUGUUCCGAACAUGCCCCACUGCCCUAUCAGGUCUGUCUCGAUCGACAUCAGGCGUUUCUGACCUUUCGCAUACACAUCAUCAGCACUUAUCGUCGAGUUUCUCUGGCCUCGCUAAUGUUAUAUCCAGGUUGUCUCUGCGACAGCGGAUAUCAUCAGGAUCUAUGCAACAAUCAUCUGCAUUUUCCGAGAGUCUCUCAACGACAGGCAAUAACUCCACGUUGUCAUUGUACGAUACAACGUUUGACUUCUCUGGGGGCAGUUUUAGGCUCACGGUUGGAGACGGCGAAGCCGUUGAAAGUCAAACGCAAGCCGAUGAUCGUUCACAAAUUACAGUAAAAGAAGAACCCUCCAUAACCACUGUUACAGAACUUAACAAAUAAAGUUGCUGCAACAACAGUUAACACCUGUGACGCUUAAUAAACCUUUAUAAGACGCCCAAUUAUAGGGUGGCAAGACGACAACCAUAAUUGAUGACAUAACCUCUAGAGGAACGAAGGAAUAUCUAGAAAUCAAAUGCGGUCAUAUAGACUACCACAGAUGGCGAGAUUAACGUAUUUUAGAGCAACAUUUUAUUUUAAGUAUUUCAAGCGUGGGCGACUUUAGAAACGACACGUAAGAAAGAUGUAUACGACAAAGAAGUAAACGCGCUUACGCUACAUUAGGCCAGAAAGAUAAUAUCAAGCCGUUCUCGAGUAUCAGCUUGUACACUUGCCGCCUAAUUUACGAAUUCGAUUCGUUGGCUAUCGGCAGUGUCUUUAUUGAUUCAGGAAAUGUCGAAAACCGAAAUGGCUAGCUGUAUAGUAGCCGCCAAACAGCCUCAUAAAACAGACGUACAAACAAAUGUUAAGCCAGUUGCAUUGAAUAUUAUCAUGAAUAGAUCUUAUAAUGCCUAUGUGUAUGUGUGUGUGUGUAUGAUUACCCCCGAGAGGCACGUAAAGCGAUCAUUUGCGAAAUCUAGGUUAUUGAUUCGAUACUGUUGAUUGUUCGAGCGUGGUGGAAUCGGUACUGUACGCAGAUUUCGGAAAAAUUGCGGGAAUUCAGUGAGACUAGUUAGACUGCCCAAGAACGUCAUAAUUAAUCGAAUGUGAGUAGAGAAUGAGGAACACGACCAUCAACAAAAUACCUCGUAACUGUUGUCGAUGGUGAUUUAUUUAUACGUAUAUUGAAAGCAAAAGAAAUCGGUGAUCAAGUCUAGGCAAGCAGUACUCUAGAAUAAUUAGAAUUACACAAGGAAAAAGAAGGCUAUAUGAAGCUUGCUAAAAAUAAGCGAACGAAUGAUAUUGCUGUUGUCCUUAUACAAAUGUUCUUCCGCUAACGAAAUAUUGUUUUAAGAAUCACGGUAAUACUGAUCGAACCGAGUGAACUAAAUCCUGUUAGAAGUUUAAAAAUUAAACUAUUUAAAAGACACGAGUUUUAAGACAUUAGGGUCGAUCCAACUAAUUUAUCUCAUUUUCUAUUUCGUAUACAAAGUUCGUAGAUGACGAUGUUCCAUAUCAGGUAUGUAGAUCUAUAACAAUAUUUAACGCUCUGAUGUAAUAACUUGGAACUGAGGAUAACGCAGUUAGAUUUCUAUCCGUGUAGAAAAGGCGUAUUUAUGGAUGAUUCAAUGCGCACCUACAAGCGAGGAGUUUAAUCGAAACAACGGAUGAACUAUGAGUAAUCUUAUAGUUCAUUUAUCAUUCUUCUAAUUUGUAGCUAGGUGGAUAGAAUACUUCAUUUUUGUUGUCAAUCGAGGAAAAAUGUGUAUUGGACAGUAUAUUAACAAGAACUACCCACCGAUAACAGACAUCAGUAUACAUAUGUACAUCAUAUACACAAAGUAACCCUUAUAACAACCAAUAUUUGUUUAUCGUUGAAAUUUUUCAUGUUAGUUGUUGUUCUUGUCGAUUUGUUGAGGUCGAAGAGAAAGAUAACGUAGUUGUGAUAUAGAUGCGAAGGAUACAAUCAUAACCGCCCAAAAGAUGCACAUUUAGAAGACAGGUUAAGUGGUAAGCAACAAUAUAUAUGUUUAUUAACGAAUCAACUGCGAUAAAUGAUAGACUGAUUUGCAACGUUUUGUCAAUUAUUGACGACAAAAGCGUUCAAAUAAAGUGAUAAUGCAUUUUU